AUGUCGGAGUCGUCGGUAGGAUCCGAGUUGGUGGAAGCCGCCGUAUGCCACGCAGUGUGGGCAGCGGGGGUGGCAGUCAUCAUGGUGACCGGCCGUUGGGUAAUGGGGGCCUACUCCCGGCCCAGCUGGCGGGGUUUCAUCAGCUUCUCGAGUUUCGCCAUAGCCUCAUGGGUGGUGGUAGCCCUGCUCUUGGCCGAGUUGUCGGUGAUAGGAUACGGCGACGACCUGGGACGAGCCGGCGUGUUGGUGGCGCUGGCUACGUUGCUGGCCAGGAUUCUGUGGGGAAUAGCAGUGCAGGUACACGCCGUCAGGCACGCGUUUGAUUCGGACUCGACGAUCCGAGCCACUAUGCUGGCGGUGGCGGUCUGGACGCGGCAGAGCGCACUGGGUUACGUCUUAUAG